CUAAGGAACGUUACAAAUGCGGAUAUUGUAGUUCGGUUUUUCCCAGAACAUGCCAAAGGUAUACUGAUCACCAUUGUUUAGCCCAUUUUAAAGAAGGAGAUCAAAUUGUUGCAGAUGAAAAUAAUGCGCUGACUGUAGUGUCAAACGAUACAGAGCCAACGUUUCCGCGGAGAACAUUUCAGGGCUUGGAUUACGACAAUUUGGACGAAACUUUAAUAUAUUUAGUUCAAGAGAGGAGAGCCCUCUAUGAUUAUAGAGUCCCAUUGAAGGAGAGAAUCCAAGCCAAAAAAAAACAAUUUAUGGAGAGAAAUUUCAAACUGCAUGGGGAGGCACUUAACAGAUGAAGAGGCUAAAGCCAGAUGGAAAUAUCUAAGAGAUAGUUACACCAGAUGCCAUAAAAGAAUGACAAUAUAUAAACCGAGCGGUUCUGCUGCUGAGACAGAUAUGGAGCCCCCUUUUCGGUUCUAUAGACUAAUGUCGUUUUUAGAAGAUCUAACAUGUUCAACUCCUAAGAGAAUGGUAUCAUCCAUAUCAAACCGGCCUUCUUCUAGCAGUACUGCAUCUAGUGGCACUAGCGAAUCUCCGAAUCAGCAUGAGUCUUCCAAUCAGCAUGAGUCUCCCAAUCAGCAUGAGUCUCCCAAUCAGCAUGAGUCUCCCAAUCAGCAUGAAUCAGAUAUAUCGGUCUCUUCCUCUCCGUCUACAUCUCAAAAUAUGAAUAGUAUGAAAAAAGAGAAAACAAACGUGUGA